AUGGAGUCUGAUGAUUCAUUUGAUUUCUUAUUCAAAAUUGUUUUAAUUGGUGAUAUGGGUGUUGGUAAAACUUGUGUUGUGCAAAGAUUCAAAAACGGGACGUUCAUCGAACGACAAGGCACGACUAUAGGUGUGGAUUUCACUAUGAAAACAUUGGUGAUCGAAGGCAAACGAGUGAAACUUCAAAUUUGGGAUACCGGAGGGCAAGAACGAUUCAGAACAAUCACACAGAGCUAUUAUAGAUCGGCAAACGGUAUAAUAUUAUGUUACGAUAUGACUUGCCGUCAGUCAUUCGAGUCGCUACAACGUUGGUUGGAUGAUGUCUCCAAAUUUGCUGCUCCUAAUGUUGCAAAAGUGCUUGUCGCAACGAAAGCUGACUUGGAAAACGAUCGUGUGGUUGACAGUGAAGAAGGCAGUGAACUGGCACAUUCUCAAGGAAUGUGUAUAUUUGUGGAGACGUCAGCAAAAGGCAAUCUGAAUGUCGAGAAUGCAUUUCUAGAGCUGGCAUUGCAGUUGAAGAGGCAUUAUGAGGCUGGUGCUCAACUGGACGCACAAUUGGAUUCAGCAUUUAAGUUAUCAUCACAAGGCGGUACUACCACAAUUUCAUCGAAGUGGUCGAAUUGUUGUAAUUUUAAUUGA